ACAUGCCUUCUGUGUGUUGCAAUAACCGCGUGCAUGCGUUUAUUUUAUAAUAUAUAAUAUGAUAAUAUAAUAUACACACUUUAUUUCACUUUCAUUUUCUCUGUCGUCGAGUGUCCGCGACUGGUACCCGCAACCAGUCUGAACACACCGCCAGCAGGCUCGUCGCCGCCGCCGUAUCUCCUCUCUCGCCGGAUCGUCCGAAAAAGUCCUAUUCGCCUAUGUAAAUAAACAUUUUUUGUUUUUUUUUUAAUUUUAAACAACACACACACACACACACCUCGGAUAAGUUUACCGGCGGCCGCGAAAACGCAGUGUUUUAUAAAUAAAAAUAUUAUUAUGCGGCCCUCAUGUUUACCGCCGACCGCGUUUACGAUUAGUGCCGACUUCAAGUGGUUCACUUGAACGUUCUCGAAACGGGGCCCCUUAUUUUUUUUACUAUCUUCUUAUAUAUAUAUAUAAAUAUUAUUGUACAUAAUAUUAUAAUAUAGUUUUGCCCACCGGUUGACGGUCCGGCACGCGCCCAACAACAACAGCACUCGGACUUUGCCCGUGUCGACAAACAAACAACAGCAGCAGUCGCCAAGCAAUCACAGAAGACGAAUGAAACAUGGCGUCGGGUCUAGUGAACAUGGCCAUCGACCGAUACGUCAACCUCGUAGACUCCAUCAGCGAUCCUCGAGUGAACGACUGGCCGCUGAUGGACAGUCCGUUUCCCACGCUGCUCAUGGUCAUCACAUACUUGUACAUCGUCACUUACCUGGGACCCAAAGUGAUGGCCAACCGAAAACCCUUUAAACUCAACAACGUGCUGGUGUUGUACAACGCGGGUCAAGUCGUCUUCAGUCUGGGCAUGCUGUGGGAGCACUUGAUGAGCGGUUGGCUACUGGACUACAGUUACAAAUGUCAACCAGUCGAUUACUCACACAACCCCACGGCUCUGAGGAUGGCCAAUCUAUGUUGGUGGUACUACAUAUCGAAGCUUACAGAAUUUGUUGAUACGAUAUUCUUCGUGAUGAGAAAAAAGGACAACCAAAUCAGUUUGCUUCACCUGUACCACCAUUCGCUCACGCCCAUCGAGACGUGGAUUUGCGUGAAAUUCAUAGCCGGCGGCCACGGCACGUUUUCCAACUUGGUGAACAACAUGGUGCACGUGAUCAUGUAUUUCUAUUACAUGAUGUCCGCGAUGGGCCCUCAAUACCAAAAGUACCUCUGGUGGAAAAAGCAUUUGACCACCAUACAACUGUUGCAGUUCACGCUGGUGUUUUUCCAUUCGGCCCAAGUGCUGAUUUUCGACUGCGGUUAUCCCAAACUGGUGGCCGCCCUGCUGCUGGUGCACUCGACCAUUUUCUUCGUGCUGUUCUUCGACUUCUACCAACAGGCGUACAAGAAGGCGAACAAGCAGCUGCAGGCCAAAUCGCAAUGACCGCCGCAACGUUGCCUACCGGCGAAAAACGACUAAAAUCAAAAACUAGAUAUAAGAAUAUUGAAUAAAAAAAUUAAAUGAAUAAAACGAAAAUAUCAAUACCGUCAACGCGUUGAACACGUGUACGUUUGUUUCUAUACAUCAUAUUGUAAUAUAAAUAUAUAUAUAUAUAUAUAAUAUGUCUUAUAUUAUGUUAGUAUCGAAUGCACGCGCUCGUGUAUUUUUUUUUUUGUAAAUUUCACCUAUUUAAGUUGUUCCAAAAAGUAUAAUUGUAAGUAUUGAACGCGACAAACGAGUCGAGAUAUUAUUAUUUUUUUUUUUUAAAGAUAUUUAUCAUCGUUUUCCCCCUUCCCUCGACUAGAUUUUAAAAUGUUUAACUAUAUCAUUACACGUUAAAAUAUAUAUAUAUAAAUGUAUUUUAUAAAAUAAUGUACGCUCAUUAAAUUAUAAUUUUUAAGUUAUACAUAUAUAUAUACAUACCAUUACAAACGAGUACCUAUAUCAUAAUAUUAUUAUUUCACUAUCUAUCAUUAAUGUAUACCGUUAUCCACGUCUAUUUAUAAGCGUA